AUGUCCACCUCAAGAACCAACAUCUCCCGCUGUCUCAAAUCACCAUCCUCACUGUUUCAAUCCACCCGAGACAUGUCGCCAUCACUCUGGAAGAAGCGACUCACCUACAUCACCACCAAUGUCCUCGAGUUUGGCUGGGUUGUCGUCAUCUACCUCAUGAGCGAGCUCAUCAUUUGGGGUCUCAGUAGGGCUUUGGCUCCUGUCGAGCUUGAAUUCUUUUCGUCCAUCUUUGGCAUGGUUUUGACUUUUUGUUGUAUGGCUUUGGCUUAUUUGUGCUUUGCUGGUGUUGAUGAUGUGUAUCGACGGUAUAUCAAGUCAAAGGUAGACUUCAUCAAUGUCCAUUUGGGUUUGGGAUUUCCUAUUCCUCUGGUCAUGCUUAACGAAGGCGACAUCCUCGGUGGCCGCGACAUUGCAUGUAUAAUCGGCAACUUUGUUGUGACUAAUCUUGCGUCUUGGGUCAUGGUCUUUGCACUGGCGCUGCUCGUCAUGACCGUCGCAGCAAGAUGGACAGGAGAAGAUCCCGACGACUUCUGUCUCCCUCAACCUCAAACGACAAUCCCACCACGGGUCGAAAUCAGCUGGCUCUCAGAUUCAUCCCUUGAACACACUCCUCAACCCAUGGGUGAUCGUCGCGUGAAGGUUCAGAACAGAACAGCACCCGAAGACACUGUCCCCGAACACGACAUUGCGCCCUCUACAACAGUCAGCCAAAGGUCAUCAGUCGCCCUCAAAGACCCCAUCGACGUAUCCCCGAUAUGGUACUUCUGGACAUCCAACUUCCCCCUACUCGCCUCAUUCAUGGGCAUAUUUAUCGUCGGCGCACCAAUCGCUGCAGCUGCCAACGAAGACCGCAUUCUCGACGGGUGCGUCUUGUGGUUCAUAUGGGCACUCACGCUACGCCUCCAACGCGAAGUCAAGACAUCCAGCUUAUGCCCGGAUAUGCCCAAACUCAAGAACGCGAUCGUCACGCUUAUGAAUCCUGUCUUGUUCACGACUCUUUUGAUGACGGCAUACACCCGGGCCAAAGCUGGUGCAUAUGGCUUUGACAAUCUGCCUGAAGUGCUUACGGACUUUAGCAGCGGCACUCCGCUUUACGUGCUUUGGACUUCCGUCGCGACAGGCACACCCCUUUCGGAUGACCGAACACCUUGGUUCGGCGCCGGUGACGCUGCGCUUUCGAUCCUUGAGUGCGGGAUUCUGAUCUGGGGCUUCAAAUUAUACGAGUGCCAGCGUCAACUGUUCAGCUUAGCUGGGUUCUUGACAGUCUUGAUAGCGACAGCCGCUGCAGCGGGCAACGUCUUUGUAUCAGUCAUGGCAGGAAGCUUCAUCGGACUUGAUCCUCCUGAAGCGUUAGCAUUCGCCGCACGAAGUACAACACUGGCACUUGCCAAGCCUGCAAUGGCAGCACUGGGUGGAAAUCUCGGUGUCAACGCUGCCCUGGUAGUCAGCAACGGAAUCCUCGGUCAACUCUGCUACCCCUUCGUGCUGGACAAGUUGGGCGUCAAACGAGAAGACAAUUCCACCCGCUCCCUCCCAGAGUCAGAAAGCCGAGCUUCACGUCUGAGUUUCCGACCCCUUCUCAAAACAGCUCAGCAAGACCUAGCAAGCGGCGACGACCCAUUCACCAUCUCCGCCGGUAUAACCGUCGGCAUCAACGGCGCAGCCAUGGGCGUGUCGUAUCUUUACGAAACAAAAAGUCGCGCUGCCCCGUACGCUGCUCUCGCGAUGACAGUCUCGGGAGUCAUGACGGUAGUUCUCACAACGGUAGAACCCUUCAAGGGAGUCGUUUUGUCUUUGGCCGGGUAA